AUGGCAUUGAGCCUGGGGAAUCGACUUCCUUCGCUUCAGCCGUACAAUGCACCAGAUGCAGGGUACUUGGGCUUGGAGUUGGGCCAAGAAGUUACGAUCGAGUACAUAGGAUGCAAAGAAGAGUCCGAAUGGUUAUAUGGAAGUUCAUCUGGAGAAAGUGGGUGGUUUCCGAAAUAUUGUGUGUUGAAUGCGCCGCGAUCGCCACCGCCCCCUCUGCCUCCGCCACCACCUCCAGUGCCUUCAGUGCCUGAAGAGGCUCUCCAAGCAGUCAUGAUGGCGCUGGCUGCCCUGGAUGAUGCGGAUUUCGAGAUCGUCAUCCACAAGGAGCUAAGUCGGAGGCCUCAUCUUCAAGUGAAGAUGGUAUUGGUCAACGAUGGAGAUUCUGUCGGAUCUUGUUUGUCAAGUCCCGAAAUCAGCCCGGACACGAUCAAGGCAAUCAGGAAGAAUGGUCUAACUGCACUGCCACCUCCUGCAGACUUGCAGGAGCCGAAGAAGCUGCAGAGAAGAGAGUCAGAGACCUGGGAGAAGGAGAAGCGGGAAAGGCCCUUUGACCCUGUGGAAGCACCUGGCAACGCCAAUCCAGCUGUCAAGCGCACCUUCUGCAAGUUCUGGCAGGAAAACAAAUGCACCAAGGGAGAUGCCUGCACCUUCGCUCAUGGCGAUCAUGAGAUAGGCCAGCCGAUCCACAACGACAGCUGGGCACCUACAGCGAAAGGGCAGGGCAACGAUCAGAAUGUUUCCAGGAAGAAAAUCAUUUGCAAGUUUUGGCAAGAUGGCAAGUGCUCAAAGGGCCCUGGAUGCACCUUCGCUCAUGGAGAGCAAGAACUGGGCCAGCCCAUCAACACGGAGAUGGCCCGAUUGUUCGCUUCGCGCCGAUCUGACCUCAGCAGCUGUUUGCGGUUGACUCCUUGCAAGUUCUGGCAGGAAGGCAAAUGUACCAAAGGUGAUGCCUGCACUUUCGCUCACGGGCAGGAUGUUCUUCCAACGGCAUGGGAAGAUUCGCCCGCAGUGAUCCUGCCCCUGGGCAAAGGUGCAGUGCAGGCAGUCUUAGUCGGUGAUCAAUGUCAGCUCCCUGCUACAGUCUUGUCCCAGGAGGCUCAGAAGGGUGGUUUGGAUAUUUCCAUGUUUGACCGCCUGCUGUCCAUGGGCAUGGAGGUGCAGUUUCUGAGCGAACAGUACCGGAUGCAUCCGCAGAUUGCGUCUUUUCCAUCAUGGCGCUUCUAUCGCGGCGAUCUGAAGAGCGCUGUACAGGAGUCAGCUCGACAGCUUCCGCGAGGAUGCACGCUGAAAACCCAUGUGGCACUGCUGCACGUUGAGGCGCUGCAUCUUGGCUCAAAGUAUGUUGCCCCGUUAGUCAGCAGACGUCUGCUGGACUUCAGCAUGAGCCGCCCGGAACAUCAGGCUCCUCCCGAAAUCUUUUACAACGAUGAGGAGUCUGCCAGGUAUGCGACCAGCAGCCGGAUGAUUGACAUCCAGACAAGGAUGACCGAACGUGCUUUGCAGCUGCUGCUGCUACCAGACAGACCCUGUCUACUUCUGGAUAUCGGAUGCGGCUCGGGAAUCAGUGGCGAGACCAUCAGUGAGGCUGGGCACAUUUGGAUCGGCUACGACAUCUCACCUUCAAUGCUAAGGAUAGCGCAUCAGCGAGAGGUUGAUGGGGAUCUAUGCUUAGCCGAUGCAGGACAAGGCAUGAGGUUCCGGCCAGGAACCUUUGAUGGUGCCGUGUCCAUCUCUGCGUUGCAGUGGCUUUGCAAUGUAGACAAGAAGGGGCACGAGCCCUUCAAGCGCCUCCGGCGCUUCUUCGAGCUGCUCUACAGCUGCCUUCGCAAAGGCGCGCGGGCUGCCCUGCAGUUCUACCCCGAGGCCGCUGCGCAGGUGGAAAUGAUCACCGCGGCAGCGUUGCGCUGCGGCUUUGGAGGAGGCCUAGUCGUGGAUUAUCCCCACUCUUCGAAAGCCAAGAAGCACUUCCUGGUCAUCUAUGCUGGGUUCUCUGGCGAGCAGCCAGCCAACAUGCCACAGCCCAUGGAGGACGAAGAUGAGCAGGUGGCAGUGAGCAAGCGUCAAAGGGAGUCCAAGAAGAGGGGCAAAAACCAGGACACCUACAAAGACAAGGUCCUCAAGAAAAAAGAGCACCAACGAAAGAAGGGUUUUGGUGUGCGCAAGGAUACAAAAUACACGGCCCGGCCGAGAAAGUCUGGAGCUUUCUGA